GAGAGAGUUUAUUCAGUUGCAAAGGUGCUCCUGAUCAGUAGGGACUUGUUGUUUGGCUGGCUUAAGUGUGCAACUUUUUUAGCAUUGAAAAUGAGGCCGACUAAAAUAUGUGAGGAAGAAAUUGAAAAAAUUUUGGCUAUGUCGGAUGAGGAUGAAGAGGAUUUCAGUAUUUCCGAAAGCGAAUUCGAAACGAAUUUACUAGAAGAGGGUAUGAAUUCUUCGGAGGAUGAUUCUUCGGACAAUUCGGAGGACUGGAAUGAAGAACCACCACCUCAGGCGCCGCAGGAUAAUAUAAUACCAUUUUCCAAAAGAUUUUUGCGUGGUAAAAAUAAAUAUAAAUGGGCGACAACUAAAGGAAAACGGCGUCGGUAUGCAAUUAACAUAGUGCAUCAUGAUAAAGGUCCAACAGGAGCAGCAAAGAAUGUUACGGAUUGCGCUGAAGUGUUUAAAUUAUUUAUCACUGAUGAAAUUUUAAGUAUUAUAGUUCAUAACACCAACAUCGAAAUUGAAAAAAGGAACGGAGAUUUUCCAACUGAAAAGCCGGUGAACAAAACAGAACUUGAAGCACUGAUUGGUAUCUUAAUAUUGAGCGCUGUUAUGAAAGACAAUCAUUUGACCUCUCUUGAUCAAAUGUGUAGUGUUAUGUCGUGCUCAAGGAAAACGAAGAGAUGGCGAAUGUGCAUGUUCUAUGGCAUACUUAAUAUCGCGUUUGUUAAUAGUUAUGUGAUAUAG